AUGGUGGAACGUUUUCACCGACACUUCAAAGCUGCUAUCAUGUGCCAUCUAACACUCACAUGGGUCCAGGCAAUUCCAAUUGUCCUCUUAGGAAUCAGAGCUGCCCUAAAAGAAGACAUCCAUCUUUCGGCAGCUGACAUGGUUUACGGCGAGCCCCUCCGACUACCGGGAGAGUUACUGGUUUCCUCAAAUGAACCAAUCUGGGAACCAGUGCUAUACGCAGACAAGUUGCGAAGCCAGAUGGCGACACUGAGGCCAACACCAGCCUCAAAACACUCAAUGCCCGGCUCAUUCGUCUUCAAAGACCUUGCAAAUUGCACUCAUGCUUUCCUACGAGACGAAACUCGCAAAUCGUUACAACCGCCGUAUACUGGCCCUCAUAAAAUUAUCCGAAGAGACGACAAAACGUUUACUCUCCUCGUCAAGAAUAAAGAAACAGUAGUCUCCAUCGAUCGACUAAAACCGGCCUACGUGGAAAACGAAGAAAGAGGAAACCCUGUUCAAACAAAACAAACAGAGCAAACAGAACCAAACAAAACGAACAAAACAACAGAAAGUUCAAAUCAAACAAACAGAGGAACAGUCGGACAAACCCGAAGUACCCUAUCAGACAAAGAAAAAGAAGCCUAA